AAACUUCGACGGCGAUCCACGACCGCAGCGUCGUGAGGCUCGAAGAACGCUUCGCAUUAUUAUGCCGAUAGAGAGUCCUCUCGGUUCGACCUACACAAUCGCCCCGUCAUCGACAAAACGAUCGACAGUCCACGAUCUGCGAGGUGGUUGUGGUUAGAGGGGCCAUAUGCGUGAGAUGACGAGUGCUGCUGCGCAUCAGAUAUGCCUGGUAUCAUUAUGGACGAUGCCAAUGCUAGUGGGUCUAGGCUGGGACUGAACCCAUCGAAUCGCCAGAAUGGCAUCACGAACUCAUCAACGGACAACGGAGUGAAGGGCGGCGACCGUGGCGAUUCGAAAGAUGUGUCGUAUGACAGAGACGGCGGCGUAUUCAAUAGCAAUAACCACGAUGGCGUGAAAUCGCAGAGGGAGUCAACAUCGGGGUCGGCGAGCAUGCGCGUUCCGGAACUACCACAUAUUACGCAAGGCUUCUUCCCUUAUGCGCAGCUGGUCAACCGAGCAGUGCAGCAAUGCUGGAACGACCUGGUCGAUGUGAUGAAUGAGCUCGCCGAGACGCAAGUACCUUCCCAGAAUCUGGAACCGCAGUCUUCUCUCGUCAAUGGCAAGACGGCCGGAAACCAGAGCGCGGAGAAUGUACACAAGAAGAUGCGCCUGUUGGAGUUUGCGCAGGCCAAGAGGGCUGAAUUCAUCAAGCUCCUCGUCCUGUCGCAAUGGGGUCGACGGGCGGCGGAGGUCAGCAAGUUGAUUGAUAUUCAGAACUUUAUCAGGACCCGGCAUAUGGCUUACAGUGGCGCGCUUCAGCGUGUCGGUGAUAUGAAAAGGGAUCUUGUGCAAGCUCAAGUCGCCAACCCAGACCUGAAGACUGCAGCCGAAGUCUUGUCAAAGGGGAAGGUUGCAGCAUUACCGGAUCUGGGAUACAAGCCGCCUAAGCCUCUGAAUGCCAAGAAGAUGCUCAAGACACUGCAGAAAAUAAACAGAGCUAUUAGCACGAGGCUGGUACUCCACGAUACUGUACCAAGUGCCUUCCGGACCUAUCACGUUCAUGACGGCAGGGUGACGUUCUUCGUUAAAGGAGAAUUCGAGAUUGAUCUGUCUAUCGCGGAACAGAACCAUUCGUCUCAGUUCUUCUUCAUCGAUCUACGUUUCCUCUACUCUCCUUCUUCGCCAAUUCCAAAGGGGCGGUUUUUCAGCGAGCUGGACCUCAAGAUCAAUGACAUUCUUCUGCAAAGCAGUUUGACAGGCUGUUUUAACUUCGUUCACAAUUUGGUGUUAACAAACCAGAUCAAUAUCCUGUUCAGACAAGCCUUGAAUCUAGCGCGUGGUGGCUGGUCGGAUGCCCUGCAUGUCGAAUUGCUACAUCGAACGCUGAUCGUCCAAUAUUGGGCCCUGAAAUCUGGUCCUCGAAACUGGCUUGAGAUUGGUGUCAAAACUGGGCGUCAUAAAUCCGGUUCGAACAAUGCCACUAUCCCUGGCAUUUCACAUCUAGACUUGCGCUGGAUGCGCGAUGGGAAGGAGGUCGACCACUCCCGCAUCCAGUUCAAUAAAGAGGUUCUGUCCAUGGAAAAUAUCCUUCGGAGUGCCAUCGCGUUACAUUCUUCUCACCUGCUUCAAUCGGCUUACUCUAAGCUGGAAGAAGGUCAUCUGUACUCAUCUGGGACACUCGCUUUGAAAGUGGAUAUGUCCGACGAAGAACCAGGUAAUUGCUGCCUUACGGUUCAACUCACGAAGUCUCGGUACCUCCGCGUGUCGGUGGAACCGAUCUCUGGAACAAUCACACUUUCUACAAGUCCCACGAUCUUGAUCCGUCAGGAAGUCGAUCGCAAUGGAGACAAGUCCCCGGUCGAGGAUAUAGUCACCCGCGUUUCGCGCCUUCGCUGCAUUGCUGCUAUGGAGGAGGUGGAAUCACACGCCAGGAUGAUGGGUUGGGACACCGUCAAUCCUCGUAGCGUGAAACUCGACAUCCGGCGAACAUUCCCAUCCAAUGUUCUCCGAUUUUCUCUCUUCUCACACCCUCUCUGGGAGCGAAAUUGGAUCGCCGCAGCGACUAGUAGCAUGGACGGUGACCACUGGUGGAUACUUCAGCUGAAGUCUGCCCCUUCGACUUCUACGCGACCAGCUGUGGGUGCGGGACUUCCUGUCCUGCAAUCGGUGCAGAACGUGACUGAAAAGCUCGGCCAAAGACAAAAUCGGCUGGAUUAUGCGUCUUUCGCGAAUCUAGAGCAUUCUCUGGCGGGACUACUUGCUCUCUAUGCGAAUGCUCGUUACCUGGAAGAUCUGGACUGCGUGCACUCAUUCCCACAAGCACGGAAUCUACAACUGGAACAUGGACCGCGGGUGCCCGAUUUGUUUAUUCGUUUCGAGCCCUCAAGGCUCCCUGCUGGCGUCCAGAUAUCGUGCCCUACAGGGCUAAGGAAGUCCCGUUUCUUGAAGGAGACGGUCUGUCUCUCCUUCCAAGGAAUCGACAGUCAGACUAAGCGUGUGAUCAUUGUAGCUCACGGACAAUUCACGGCUCCAAUGCGGACCGUAUGGGCUCUGGCCUCGAACUCAGAUAACUCAGUGGCUUUCCAGCGGAAAGGCCGCGGCUUUGCCAUGCGCUUCCUCGUUACAGCUGGUAACUCGAUGAUUGGGCCUUUGUUCGAUCGUCUGCAGAGACUCGAGUGCGUUCUCUCGAUACUCGAAGCCCUCGACCGUAAAAACAUCCGGACACGGUCCAUGUCUCUUUCCCGCCUUGACUUUACCUACGGAGCCCAGCAGGAUCUCCAUGCCAGCAUUCGCAUCAAGGGCCCAGAAUCGUCGCAGUCGCUAUAUGACAAGGGCACCGUCGAUCUCCAACCGAAAACCGCACCUCUCCGUUUACAGUUGGAGAUCAACUUCGAUCAGUCGAACCCCCACCGCCGUAUCUCACACUCUCUCUCAUCAGUCCUCAAUGACAACGGCGCAGUGUCCGGUGUCAAUCACAUGGCCAAUCUCCUCACGCUCACGAUCCCUCUACUACAAGCGCUAGACCGCAUCACCUGCGGGGCUUCACGAGAUCCACCAUCGAAGGUCUUCGUGACUGCGCGGGACGCCAAGGUUUAUCAGAUCUACUAUCCUCAUCACCGCUAUCGAUUCCUUAUCACGGUUGGUCAACAUCGAGACCGCAUCGCCUGGAUAUUAAGAGACGCCCGCACGGCGCAGGAGAAAUCGAAUCCUGGGCAACUUGAAUCCAAGUUACGGGAACGAAUAUACAACUCCCAGGGUGAAGGCUGGAAGGGUCUCGGCACCGGCGCAGUCGCCGACGUUCAGAAGGUCGGAAACCUUCUGUCAGAGCUCGACACUUGCUUCACUAGUAGCGCGAACGAUGCAGGUGUCAAAGGACCACAAACGACCACCACCCAAACAGGAACGGACCAACGAGAAGCCGCUAAUGGCCAACAUGCUCCAACGGCAGAAUCUACCAAACCUGUCGAAGUGAAGUCGGAAUCGAAGAAAGACCACGAUGUGAUCAUGAUCGAUUGAUUAGUUAGUUUAGAUCUAUUCAUUCCAUGGUGGUAUUUCCGCCCCCCGCCCCCAAAACCUCUUUUUUUCCCCCCUUCUUUUUCCUUUUAACGACCAUGUAUUAUCCUAUCCGUUCUUGCUGGAGGGAGACGAUAUUAUUAUUAUUAUUAUUAUUAUU